GCGUCAGGUCGCGUCAAACAUGUACACCUAUGGGUUUGGCGAUUUGAAGGUGUGUAUGUCACGUAAAAGGAUUGAGAGGGCAGCGAGCAAUGCUGCACGCACUCGUCCGCAGUUUGAGCCGAUUUAUAAUCCACGAUUCGGGAUUAUGUUAAGUACAUUGGUCUACGUUUGUUGUCUGGACGAUCGUGUAUGGUUUCACAGUAGAGCUAGAUUUGAGCCUGUCAAGCGGACGUUUUGUGCAAUGAUGUGUGUAGACUGAUUUGGAUACUUUACAGGAACUUGUCCGGGACCAGUUGUAAACUGUGUGUCAAUGUGUGACGACGUUCUAUAGGAGCUACAGAUUUAGAACCAGGUGGAUCUUCUGACGAUGAAACACAAACUGUGAGAUACUUAUUUUGUUGACAUUGAAAGAUUUGUUAACCAUCUUUUCUGUCUCUGAUUCGGAACACGUUGAAUAUGGCGCAACACAUUCAGUGACAGACAGUGAGCAAGAUAUAUCAAAACGGAAACGGAUCACAUCCUUAAACAUUGAUUUCAUUUCAUAAAUUGACUGAAAACUAUCCAGAUGUCUUUUUCCCCACCUAGAACAAAACGGUUGAUUAAAACUGCUCUUCACCAAGCAGUCCUCGACUGUCGUCUGCACCAGGUUCGUCUGCUGGUUUCGAAACAUGGCGCGAAUGUAGACUGCAGAGACAUCAAUGGCCGCACUCCGCUGAUGUUGUCCUGCAUGAUCGACAACGUGGAAUAUGGAUACAGGAUGGCGAAGAUCUUCCUGAAGAAGGGAGCUCAUCUCAACAUGAAAGACAACAUGGGGAGGACGGCCCUCAGCUAUGCUUGUAUGAAGGGCAAGGAGGAGAUAGUUGAGGACAUCCUUACUGAAGAUGUCCUUGAUAUCAACGAGCCAGACACGGACGGGAACACGCCUCUUCAUCACUCCGCGCUCAGUGGGAAUCCCAGGAUUGUUGGGCAAAUUGUUGAUGUUUUCAAAAGAUUUGGUUUAAAUGUUGACAGGAGGAACAACCUUGGCUACACAGCUCUAUUACUCGCCUGUAAGAACGGGAACUAUGUCUCUGCGCAUGUGCUGUUCACGAAAGGAACCGCAUCACCGACCUUGAGGGAUGGGGAGUUUUAUCUCAACGCCGUAGACUGGGUUGGUAGAAGUCAUAGCUUACAACUGAGAUUCAAUGAAAGAUCUAUGACAGUUCUUCCGGACAGGGAGGCUACUCCCCAAACCCUUGCUUUUGAACGAGAAACGACGAUGUAUCAACGUCCCUGGACCCCAAUUUGCCGUCACGUGAAGUCCAGACAAAACCCACUGUGUUUAUCGGUUGGUAGCGCCUUGCGGUUGCCACUACUUCUCGGGGCGCACACCCAGCAUCCCGACAGAUCGGAGACUUUCAUUGAUGGGGAGGACGCCCGCGGGGUCCUCCUGGCGGAGAUGCAGGAAGGCGACGGACGUGGCAGACCCGUCUCCACUAAAACCGCAUAUACCAGAUGGUCCCACCCUUCCACGGCCAAACUCCGGGCACUGACCAAGAGAUCCAACACGAUCGUCCCGGAUAUGGUCACCAUAUUCCAGAUCUACUCAGACCAGUAUCAACCAGACUGGCGGAAGCUGAGAGCGAAGAAACAGUCGAAACGAGCUGCGAUCACUUCCGGUCCAGAAACAUCUACUUCCGACUCUGAACAGCUGCCUGCAGAAGUGGUGGCGUCUUGAACGUGUCAUGAACAUACAAUCAAUGUUCCAUGAACAUUGCACAGCGCACGUAACUGUGAUCUAAAACACAAACGCUUACUCUGUGACAUGUUACAAUGUCCAAAUCGGUGUGAAGACUGCAAAUCCUGUAUUUAAUGCAUGCAUUAUCUGGUCAUCGUAUGUAGACAUACUUGUCGUCACGGCAUUAUGAUGACGAUGCACGUGGUACAUGGUACAUGGUACAAGGUACAUGGUACAAGGUACAAGGGUAUUCCGUCGUAUUGACGUGAUGCAUUGUAUAUCCAGACACCUGACUUAUCAAUGAUUUUCUCCAUGAAUGGCAUAACUCUAACGUCAAAUCUCCGAUAUAUCCGUGACUUCGAUACAUCCACACUCGGUACAUCCGAAUCUUGUAUAUUACUGUCAACAAUCGCAUUUUCUAAUUUUCUAAACAUAUAUAUUAUCUGGUGUUCAGUGUUUCGAUAAGCUAUGGCCAGGAAAAGUCAUUUUGGUUUCUUUUUGAAGUGCCAUUGCAUGCAUUGAAACAUUUAAGAAUGUAAUUUUUCGUGUUGGUGUAUAUUGUCUAUUGUUGUUUUAUCCUGUGAUAUAAUCAAUUUCAUUUUGAAACUAUAUGCUGAAGUAUUUGCUCAAUGAAAACAGCGUUGUGGGUACCAUGUUGGUCCUGCUGUCUUUGGUUGUGUCUUCUGUACCCGCACAAGAAAUACAAAGUUGUAUUCCC